CACUCACUCACACAUCAUCCUCGGACUAGCACACACACACACUCUCUCUCUCUCUAGAAAUUGAGUUGGACCAGUCUGAUUAGAUUAGAUUAAAUUUUUAAAUCAGCAUAAAAAUGCAGUACCACCAAUCAGAGUCACGCAUGUACUACUCGGAGUCUCUGGAGAGGGUGGUGCGGCUGGCUUCCGGCAGCGCGGUGGUGAUAUUCAGCGUGAGCACGUGCUGCAUGUGCCACGCAGUGAAGCGCCUUUUCUGUGGGAUGGGAGUCAACCCUACUGUCUACGAGCUUGACCAAGACCCCCGUGGCCACGAGAUCGAGAUGGCCUUGUCCCACCUUCUCGGCGGCGCCUCCGCUGUCCCCGUCGUUUUCAUCGGCGGCAAACUCGUCGGUGCCAUGGACAGAGUUAUGGCCUCGCAUAUCGGCGGCACUUUGGUUCCUCUGCUCAAGGAAGCUGGCGCCCUCUGGCUUUGAAUUCAAUAUUCUUCGCUCUUCACCAUGUUUUAAUUUCUUUUUUUUUUUGGGUUUUGUAUUUGUGUUAAUGGUAAACUAAAAAAAGGAAUUAGUUUUCUUGUGUUAUUAGAAAAUUAGUUUGAGGGUGCAAAGGAAAAGAGGCUAAUCAAUUCGCCCCAUUUUCGGAAUGCUGCAAUUAUGUGCGGGGUGUCCUUUCUACAGCUUAAUUAUUGUACGCUUACUAUGUCUUCA